ACCCCUACACCCUGUCCCCCUCCCUGUUCCACCUCCCACCCUCACCUUCCCACUCUUCCUUCUGUCCUUUCUUUAAUGUCACAGCUGCUAUAUAUGAACAUAAAUCUCCAAUCAAGUCCUUCCCCUUUCUCCAAAAUACUCUCACUGAUACUUGAUAGGUUUUCACCCUUGGGGAGUCACAUAAAAGAAGGAAACAGAAAGGAAGGAGAUGGAGUUGGAGCUCGGCCUCGCCCUUCCCAACAACCAUUUGAUGAAGGGAUUCGAUCUUAAUGAUGGCAGCACAACCAAUUCAUAUAGGAAGAGAGGUUUCGAGGAGGCAUUUGAAAAAGUGAUCCCUUUCUCUUCACCACUCCCCAGAAAGACUACUCUGCCUCUUUUUGUCCAUAAAAAUGGUGGAGAUGGAGAUGAUGAGAAUGACGGCCCACAGCUUAAGAAUCCAGAUGAGCUUAAUAGUGGAAGCAGAGCAUUGGUAGGGUGGCCACCGGUCAAACACCCAAGAAGGAGGAGCGCAGGCGGUGGAGCAGGGGAGAGGUGGAGUGAGGACUGUGGAAGCAAUAGCUAUGCCGGCGGCGGCGGUAGACGAGCCAAGUGUGUGAAGGUUAAGAUGGAGGGGGUGGCAAUAGGGAGGAAGGUGGAUCUCUGUCUGCAUGACUCUUAUGAGGAACUCUUCCACACGCUCAACCAGAUGUUCCCCACCAUGCAACAUGGUGUUGCUUAUGCUCAUCCUCAUCAUCGUCACUUCACAGUCACAUAUGAGGAUGGAGAGGGAGAUUGGCUGUUGGUUGGAGACGUGCCUUGGGAGGCUUUCAUCCAGUCAGUCAAGCGUCUCAAGAUACUCAGCUAAGGAGCCAGCCAGAGAUCUGUCUUGGUCUAAUAUAUAUAUAUCUAUAUAUGGCUAGUCUACAUGGAUGUUUCUUCUUUUUCCUUCAUUUAUGUAUCCUCUAGACUUUAGUAUGUAUUAUGGUUAUGGUAUGUUGUUGUUGUUGUAACACAUAAGUAGCUACUUGUUUAUGUAUAACAGUAGAAUCUUGGAGGCCCUACUUUGUCAUA